GAAACAAUAAUACAAAUUUAGUGCAUUUAUAACAAAUGUAGCAUUAAUAAUGGAAUAAUAAUAGUAUCAAUUAUGAUGCACUGUGUAACUGACCAGAAACUUACAAUUUUUCUUUUCAUUUGUGCAUUUUCUAUGAGUUUUGGAAAGUUUCAUAUAAAUGUUACAUCCAAAAGUAAAGUACAAAUUGUAGAAAGCAUACAGGGUUACUAUUUACAAAAUAUUUCUGUGCAAUUGUCUGAGGAUAUCCAAAAAACAAGCAAUGAAGAAAUGGGAAUUGCUUUUAUGCAGCAAAUGUAUAAGAAGUUUAAAUAUACAAGCUCUCUGCAAGAUGUUGAAAAGAGGUUAGCCAGGAUAAGCAACCAAAUUGAAAGUAGAAUCAAUGAAACACAUUCAAUAUUGAAUGAAACUCGUAAAUUCAUUGAGUAUUAUUACACAAUUACAAAUAUUUCUUCAUUCACUUCCUCUAUAAUCCCAUGCAAUGAAAGAGAUUACAUUUUAGAUGAGUUUGAAAUUUCAAAUACAAUCAUAAAUCCAACAAAUAUUUAUAUAGAACAACCAUUUAAUAUUAAACAAGUUUUGAAGAAGCAGAAAGUUCAGAAUAAGAAAUUAAAAGAUGCCAUAAAGCAGAAGUAUUUCUUAUCAAAUAUGGAUGUUCUAAAUCAUCAUAAUGCAGAUAUAAGUAAUUGUAAUUAUCAUAACCAUUCAUUAUUAUGGUCUACAUAUAUGUCUCGUAUUAAACAUAAACAUAAAAACAUUUUGUUACUAUUGGAUCAUGGAGGGUCUCUUAGUAAACAGCAGUUUAAAAUUGUCAAUAGCAUUGCAAAGCAAGUGAUUUCAGUAUUGAAUGAUAAUGACAAUAUUGGACUAUUGGCUCUAUCUGAUGUCUACAAAUUGCCAUACUUAUUAGAUAAUUGUUCAGUACAUCAUUAUAAGGGAGAAACUUAUUAUAUUUCAUCAGCCAGCAAAAAUAAUAAACAGUAUCUUUAUAGAUUUAUUAAUUCCCUUACAAAAGGAACAGGUGCCACCAAUCAUAGUUUGGGUCUCAAAGAAGCAUUACAGAUAAUAAAGUACAGUAAAAUACCAAGUAAUGAAUCUAUAAUGAUUCUAUAUGUAAGCAGAGGAUUACUAUCAUCUUUAACCGAAUCGAAAACAGUUUUAGAGACUAUUUCUAAAAAUCUUGAGGGUAUUAAAAACCCGAUAAUCAUAAAUACCUGUGCGGUAAUUGAUGAAUCGAAGCCGAUCAUGUACGAAACGCAUUUUUUGCGCGAUGUUGCCGAGCAGAACUAUUCUAAGUACAAAAUUGAUAACGAUUAUAAUGUAAAUCGGGGUAUUAUGCUCAUGGUUAACUCUACGCAAGGCGUAGGUUUGGCAGUCGCCAGGUUUUUCAACACACUUGAAGAUGAGACAACAAUGUAUGAUUUGGAUUUUCAGAUUUCUCUUCCAAUAUGGGAUUCUUUUUCAAAAGAACUGAUACUAAGUGCUACGGUUCCAUGUGGUGCGUCUGGAGAGUUCGGGGUUUUAGGAAUGGACUUGCUGUUGGCAAAUCUCGUGGAAGAUAUUACUUAUUACAGUAAUUAUAAUGAUUAUACUUAUGCAUUUUUAAUCAACAUCGCAGGUAUUGCAAUAAUGCAUCCUUCCUAUGCACGACCAAUGUCAGUACAAGGUCAGCCAAAUUAUGUGGAUAUAUCAUAUUUGGAAAAAGCCGAUAAUUUCAAUGAAGUGCGACCUAUGUUGCUGAAUCAGACGAGAGGCCAGUUUCAAAUUUCAGACAAAAACGAUACGCUUCUUUAUCAUUGGAGGAGGGUGUCCAAUAUAUAUGUAAUUUGUAUCGUGGUUAAAGAGAAUGUUAUGCCACCGAAACGCCCUUACAAAGUCAACUGGUUUCCCACUACUAACCAACUAGUACAUCAUCGUUUGGAUAUCAUUCCAACGUCUACAUUGUGUAGACAUUUCAAUCAAUUAGCGACUAUGGACGCUGGUACAUUGUAUUUAAGCGCUUCAUGCUUUCAAUCUCCUACCACUUACAUUUAUUCCUCUACAUCGUCCAGCUUCUCACCGCUAACUGUUCAAAAGUCGAUGGCAUUUCUGAAAGACAAUACUAGAUAUUUAUCGAACCCUGGAUUGCGUGAAGAAAUUAGAGACGAUGUGGCUACGUUGGCUCAUUUUUUAGAAUAUUUGAGGACGCAACACUUGGAAGGUCUGAAAAGGAAAUAUAUAGUUAGGAGGUAUGUGACUUCUCCGACGGGAGUUCUCGAAAUGUUUCCGGGUGGUAUAAUUUCGCCGGAAUUUGAGCCGACUAAGAGGACUUGGUUCCUGCAAGCUGUAGAAAACAGGUUUAAAACUAUACUGACACCCCCGUACUUAGAUGCUGGAGGCGCAGGUUAUAUAGUAACAAUUGCGUAUGCCACUGAGCAUGCCAUUGUGGCAAUGGACCUAACUUUUGGAUAUAUUUACAAAUUAAUAAUAGACAAUAUGCCGUUCUGCAAAGAGAAACAACUGAAAUGUUUUAUGAUGAACAAUCAUGGUUAUUUAAUAUACCAUCCUAAUCUCAUCGAUCCUAACGGUCAUGGACCAAUAGAACAACAACAUAUAAUACAUAAAGAAUCUCUAGUUGCUAAUGACAUUUUAAAUCAUGUCCAUUUUGUGAAAAAAGUCCUGUGUAAUAAUUACGCGGAUGGGACCAUACAGAGGUAUUAUAUUUUAAACACCAGUUUAGACCAUGUAUUGGUAAAUGCAGUUCAUGGAGAGCAUAGCGCCAAAUACCAGGUGGCAGCUGUCGAGGGAACGAAUGUUUUUAUAGGUGUUGUAAAUGCUACCAAUGGAGUUGUCGCCACCUUCUGUCCAUGUAAUAUGAUAAGCAGAUUGUGCUUGAACUGCAAUAGAAUGGAACAAAAAGAAUGCGAAUGUCCAUGCGAAUGCCCAUUGAAUCUGGACACGUGCACAUAUCCCAAUAAAACUCUACCAGAUAAUCAACUGUGCCCUACGGUGCCGGAACAGACAUUUUCAGUACCACGUGAAGUAUUCCUCAAUAUUGAAGAUGAGCUGAAGCCUUGCAUUAAAAUUACAUGCGAAGAAUUGUCGACCUAUGAAGCAUGCUUAGGAAUCUUGGGAUGUGAGUGGUGUCAGAUUGAUGUGGACGGUGAAACGAUUCUAGCUAACCCCUUUUGCACAUCCAUACAAACUUGUUUCAACGGCAUUUUGGGUUCGCUUACACCUUAUGGCGAUUCUACAGAGCGAGUUCUAGACUCCGAAGAUCUAAUGGGUUCCGGUUAUUCGCCAAUCGGUCCAGUUAUUGGAACAGGCUUGGCCGUUUGUUUAAUAUUAAUAUUUUCCUUCAUCUGCUAUCGCUCUUAUACGGCACCCACGGUGGAAAGAUUUUACUUGACCUCUACGCAGGAGAAUCAUGUUCGUAUGAGCGAUCUACACAUUAGCGACGAUUAUCACGAGCUGGAUAAUCAUCAGGAUAAGCUGCUCCAGGACAAUAAGAAGAUAGAACCUUUGUCACCAUACUGCGUGUCUACGGGAUAUUGUAGGCCAGUAACAGCCGCUGAUUCUGAUCACGGCUAUUCGACGAUGACUCCUCAUGAUGAGUCUGAGCAUUUGUCAUUCGCUCCUUUAGAAAUAGAUUCAUUGGAAGACGAUUGCACUUCUGAUGCCGCUUCCAUAAACACUUCUGUAUCAUCCAAGCAGCGCCCCACACGUUUGUUGGACAAGAACAAAAAAAAUUUAUCGACUGAUCUACAAAUAACUUCGUUGCCGAGAAACUGCAUCAUUGCACCAGUAACUGUUCAUAGAAAUAUGGAGUUCACUAACUAAUUGAUCGUACUUAUCCAUGGCAACAUUUUUUAUGUACUUACAUUUAAUACUUAUUGUUGAAUAUUUAUGUAUCCUUGUGAUACCUACUUAAUUGUGUGACUGAAAAUAAACAAACAAAAAACUGUAUUUUAUAAUC